AUGACUCUAACAAGGCUGAGGAUUUUAUUGUUCAGAAGUCGCAUAAGCCAAGUUAUAAUCCUGGACUUAAGUGAAAACCAGAUUCAAGGCAUCCCAAGAAAGGCUUUUCGAGGCAUUACCGAUGUGAAGAAUUUGCAACUGGACAACAAUCAGAUCAGCUGCAUUGAAGAUGGAGCCUUCCGAGCCCUGCGUGACUUGGAGAUUCUUACCCUCAAUAACAACAACAUCACUCGCAUUCCUCUCACCAGCUUCAACCAUAUGCCAAAGAUCAGGACCCUACGGCUUCAUUCCAAUUAUUUAUACUGCGACUGCCACCUGGCUUGGCUUUCUGAUUGGCUGCGUCAGAGGCGAACAGUUGGGCAGUUCACGUUCUGCAUGGCACCUGUUCACCUGAGAGGAUUUAAUGUUGCUGAUGUUCAGAAAAAAGAAUAUGUUUGCUCAGGUUCACAUGCUGAACCUCCAUCCUGCAAUGCCAAUUCCAUCAGUUGCCCAUCUGCUUGCACUUGUAGCAACAAUAUUGUGGACUGUCGAGGAAAGGGCUUAACGGAAAUCCCAGCCAACCUUCCGGAGAGUAUUGUGGAAAUCCGCUUGGAACAGAACUCUAUCAAAAACAUUCCUCCUGGAGCUUUCUCACAGUACAAGAAAUUAAAAAGAAUUGAUAUCAGCAAGAAUCAAAUAUCGGAUAUUGCAUCAGAUGCUUUUCAGGGCUUGAAAUCACUCACCUCGCUAGUGCUCUAUGGAAAUAAGAUCACAGAGAUUCCCAAGGGUCUUUUUGAUGGGCUCGUGUCUCUACAAUUGCUGCUUCUAAAUGCCAAUAAGAUCAACUGCCUAAGAGUAAACACCUUUCAAGAUUUGCAUAAUCUCAAUUUGCUGUCUCUCUAUGAUAAUAAGCUCCAGACUAUCAGCAAAGGACUUUUUGUUCCUCUCCAAACAAUUCAGACUCUGCAUUUAGCUCAGAAUCCAUUUGUGUGCGACUGCCAUUUGAAGUGGCUGGCUGAUUACCUGCAGGAUAAUCCAAUAGAAACCAGCGGCGCUCGAUGCAGCAGCCCACGUCGCCUUGCCAACAAACGAAUCAGCCAGAUCAAGAGCAAGAAGUUCCGUUGCUCAGGUUCAGAAGACUACAGGAGUAAGUUCAGUGGAGAGUGCUUCAUGGACCUUGUCUGUCCUGAAAAGUGCCGCUGCGAGGGAACAAUUGUAGACUGUUCUAAUCAAAAGCUCACUCGACUUCCCAGUCACCUUCCAGAAUAUACCACAGACCUGCGUUUACAUGAUAAUGACAUUUCUGUACUGGAAGCUACUGGAAUAUUCAAGAAACUCCCAAGCCUAAGGAAGAUAAACCUGAGUAACAACAAGAUCAAAGAGAUUCGUGAAGGCACUUUUGAUGGAGCAGCAGGGGUUCAGGAACUGAUGUUGACAGGGAAUCAGCUGGAAUCUGUGCAUGGGCGAAUGUUUAGAGGUCUCACAGGGCUCAAGACGCUGAUGCUCAGAAGCAACAUAAUCAGUUGUGUGAACAAUGAUACAUUCACAGGAUUGAGCUCAGUAAGAUUACUUUCUCUGUAUGACAAUCGCAUCACUACAAUCACACCUGGAGCUUUCAAUACACUUGUUUCUUUAUCUACAAUUAAUUUGCUGUCUAAUCCAUUUAACUGCAACUGCCACUUGGCAUGGUUGGGGAAAUGGUUAAGGAAGAGGAGGAUUGUCAGUGGAAAUCCACGUUGCCAGAAACCAUUUUUCUUGAAGGAAAUUCCAAUUCAGGAUGUGGCUACACAGGACUUUACAUGUGAUGGUAAUAUUGAAAGCAGCUGUCAGUUUUCUCCCCGUUGUCCAGAACAAUGCACUUGUGUGGAUUCAGUAGUUCGCUGCAGUAACAAAGGGUUGCGUUUCCUGCCUAAAGGUGUCCCCAAAGAUGUGACAGAACUAUAUCUGGAAGGAAACCAUUUACCUGCUGUGCCAAAGGAACUCUCCAUGUUCAGACACUUGACACUAAUUGACUUAAGCAACAACAGCAUCAGCAUGCUAGCCAAUUACACCUUCAGUAAUAUGACACAGCUAUCAACACUGAUCCUGAGCUACAACAAGCUGAAGUGUAUCCCAGUCCAUGCGUUCAAUGGGCUUAAGUCUCUCAGGGUGUUGACUCUUCAUGGCAAUGAUAUUUCCAGUGUUCCUGAAGGGUCUUUUAAUGAUCUUGUGUCACUUUCCCAUCUGGCACUUGGUACCAACCCUUUGCAUUGUGACUGCAACCUGCGCUGGCUUUCUGAAUGGGUGAAGGCAGGCUACAAAGAGCCAGGAAUCGCACGAUGCAGCAGUCCAGAUGACAUGACAGACAGGCUGUUGCUUACAACACCAACCCACCACUUUCAGUGCAAAGGAGUUGUUGAUAUAAGUAUUUUAUCCAAGUGUAACCCUUGCCUAUCCAAUCCAUGCAAAAAUAAUGGGACUUGCAGCAAUGACCCACUGGAUUUUUAUCGAUGUACUUGCCCGUUCGGCUACAAGGGUCGAGACUGCAGCACACCUAUUAAUGCCUGUAUUCAGAAUCCCUGCCAGAAUGGAGGCACUUGCCAUCUUACAGACGCACUUCAAGAUGGAUUCAGUUGUUCCUGCCCUAUUGGCUUUGAGGGUGAAAAAUGUGAAAUUAAUCCAGAUGACUGUGAAGAUAAUGAUUGCGAGAACAAUUCAACUUGUAUGGAUGGUGUAAACAAUUAUGCCUGCCUCUGCCUCCCUAAUUAUACAGGGGAGCUAUGUGAUGAGGUGAUCAACCAUUGUGUCCCCGAGCUAAAUCCUUGCAAACAUGACUCCAAAUGUAUCGCUUUUGACAAAGAAUACAGAUGUGAAUGCUUGCCUGGCUACAGUGGAAAACAUUGUGAAAUUGAUGAAGAUGACUGUGCGGGACACAAAUGCCGCCAUGGUGCAUUGUGUGUAGAUGCUGUCAAUGGGUACACCUGCAUUUGUCCUCAAGGAUUCAGUGGGCUUUUCUGUGAAAAUCCUCCACCGAUGGUUCUGCUCCAGACAAGCCCUUGUGACUACUAUGAAUGCCAAAACGGAGCGCAGUGCAUUGUAGUGCACCAGGAACCCGUCUGUCGUUGCCUGGCUGGUUUUGCUGGCCAGAAGUGUGAGAAACUAAUUACCGUCAAUUUUGUUGGAAAGGAUUCCUACGUUGAACUUCCACAAGCCAAAAUCCGCCCUCAAGCAAACAUCUCCCUUCAAGUAGCAACAGAUAAAGACAAUGGCAUCUUAUUAUACAAAGGGGACAACGAUCCUCUGGCUUUAGAGUUGUAUCAAGGUCAUGUGAGACUUAUCUAUGACACGCUGAGUGCCCCACCCACAACUAUAUACAGUGUGGAAACAGUAAAUGAUGGGCAGUUUCACAGUGUGGAGUUGGUAAUGUUGAACCAAACACUGAAUUUGGUCGUGGAUAAAGGAGCUCCCAAGAGUCUUGGCAAAAUGCAGAAACAGCCUGUAGUUGACGAAGACACUCCGCUCUACAUUGGAGGCAUCCCUACAUCCACGGGGCUGUCUUCACUGCGGCAGGGCACAGAGAGGACAACCAGCGGUUUCCACGGGUGCAUUCAUGAUGUCCGCAUUAAUAAUGAACUACAAGAUUUCAAAGAUCUACCACAUCAAUCAGUAGGGGUCUUUCCUGGUUGCAAGUCCUGUAACAUUUGCAAACAUGGCAUCUGUCGCUCUAUUGAGAAGACAAGUGUUGUCUGCGAGUGUCAUCCAGGCUGGACUGGAUCACUCUGUGACCAAGAAGUUAAAGAUCCCUGCCACAACAGCAAAUGCCUCCAUGGUAAAUGCAUAGCCACCACCUCUGCUUACACAUGUAAGUGUGUAGAAGGUUACACGGGCAUGUACUGUGACAGAAAGAACGAUUCCUCCAACUCCUGUAGAGGUCUGAAAUGUAGCCAUGGGCAGUGUAAGAUCUCAGCACAUGGGGAGCCCUCUUGUGAAUGUGAUGCAAAUUACAGUGGAGAGCGCUGUGAUAGAGCAGAGAAUCAGUGCCAAGGAGAGAUUAUCCGUGAAUUCAUUCGGAAGCAACAAGGUUCGAUUGCAUGCGUCUCCCUGGUCAAAGUGCCUCGUGUGGAAUGUCAUGGCAGUUGUGGGAAUGAUCAGUGCUGCAUUGCCCUCAGGAGCAAAAGGCGGAAAUAUGGCUUCCAGUGUGUGGAUGGCUCCUCCUUCACAGAAGAGCUAGAGAGGCAUGUGGAAUGUGGCUGUGCAAAGUGUUUAUAAACAGCUGAUCCACCCACCGCUUUGCCCCUUUGUAUCGACUCAGAUGUGCUAUCAAAAACAGGACCUAUUUACUUUUAAGUGAAGAAGAGAAUAUUAAGUAUAUUGUAAAAUAAGCAAAAAAUAGAAGUUAUUUUUAUUAUGAAAAGUGACUAUUUUCAUCUUUUAUUAUAUAAAGUAUCUGACCGUUUUGGGUAUAUGUAUCAUAUAGUGAGUUAUUUUUACUAUGGAUUUUUUUUUACAGUUGUAAAAAAGAAAAUUGGAAAAAAAUUAUUCCAAACCUAAACACAGGGAAUAAUAACAGAGUAUAGUUGAUAAGCUUUGCACGAUGGCCAGACGUGAAGGUAAUUAAGAGAUUGCCACAGAAAUCGCAAAACAAGUCUUUGAAAAGUUCUGGAUAGAUACACAUCUAGGAGCUAUAGCUCUCAGGCCCCCUUCCUAUCCAGGCAAGCUCGGUUAAUAUCCCUUUUGGUCGAUCAUGGAAAUGUUGGUUGUGUUUAUCACUAUUGUGGAUCUGCUUGACUCCAUUGCCAAAAAAAAUAAAAUGCUGCCGUGGCUUGAGCCUUACGCACAGAUAUUAUGCACACAGUAAUGCAAUGGUGUUAGUAACAUGGUGUUUUGUCUUCUAUGUAUGAUUAAUUCCCACACUGUUGUUUUUGUAACUUGUAGCAUGGCCACUCUUGUAAAAGCAAAAUUUUGGAAAUGAAGGCUUUUUUUAAAAAAAAGUAACAGAUGAAAAGUAAGCACUGUGUAACACCUCAUCAACAGCAGACGAGAUAAUCCUGGUACUUGGCACAGCCUUCCCUGGUCAUCCAGUACAUGGAACAGCAUUACCUUGACUGCCAUUCUGCAUGCGCAGACUAUUGCACAUUCUUAUGCAAGGGAAGGGCCAUAAGGAAAUCUCCUGUGGAGGUGACAUCCUCUACCUCCAGAUGACUUUAUGUUUUAGUUUGCAAUGCAAAGGAUGCACUGAAAGAUGCCUUACCAGACUAUGACAAUCCUUUUUUCCCAUCCCCACAUCCUUACUAUAGGAUUAUUUCACUUUCUCCAAGGGUUCUGCCACAGUGCCAAUUAAGUAAAUACAAAUCUAUUGUUCAUGUCACUUGUUUUCUGCACAUGCUGAAUAUAAAACUACAAAGUAAUGCAGAUGACAAAUCCUUCUUUAGAUUCGAGUCUAUCCUAUGUAGCCUGAAAAUCCUCAUGGCAGCUGAUUCAUACAGCAGUGUGUGGAAUGUCUCAACAUAUAGAUUGCAUCCAUACCACUGCCAGACAUUUUAAUGGGCUAGCAGUGGCCCACAUGGUAAGUCACUCUACAUGUUACAGCUGCCAUGUGGAGCAGCCACUGUAAGGAGGCUCUUUUGCACAGUUUUCACAAGGCAGUCAUAACACAGAGACCAGUCUUUGGAUAGGGAAAUGUUAAUAGAACAAGAUAAAGUCCUAUUUGUUGACCACCUUAAAUGCCUUUGACAUGUUGUAUACCCACGUCUGGCUUAUUUUCUCAAGUCCAUUCCCUGCCCCUCCCUUGCUUGGAUGUGUAGUAAGGACAGCCUGUAAUUCCAAGGAAUCAUUGAGGAGACAAAGGGGAAUAUUCAAAAGUGCCUGAGAGAGCUAGUACUCCACGUUCAAGUUUGUUCCUGAAAUCCUGGAAAGAUCCCCUGAACUUGGGAUCAAGUCUCUUCACAGCAAAGGAUAUCCAUAUUUCUCGGGAACAAUGUUUAUCGUUAAAAACAACCAUGGGAGUGAAUCCCACUAAUGACCAGUGCAGCCUCUCCAAACAGAACAGAUUUGUAUCAUGCUACAAGCAUUUUACUCCUUUUUCAGAUUUCAGGAGUCUGAAAAUGCUUAAGAGUCUUUAUUAUAAUUACAGUCUUCUGAAAGCCACAAUAGUUUGUUCAGAUUUCCUUAUAGAUUCUCAGGAUAAUUUCAGACAGGAGGGAAAUGACUGAUACAAUAGUUGCCUUUCAGAAUAAAUAGUAGUGCAUGGAGCCUGCAAUCAGUGAAACGUAAAACAAUCACUAGUUACUUUGCCAAGAACUGAUUGAAAUAAUACAGUUCAGGAGCUGGUGGGGGAGAAAAGGCCACUAUGGAGAGUGGGGGUUGUUAUUUUGAGCCCAAUAUGUGAUGCUAGAAGCAGCUGGAAUUUAUAAAGUAGAAAUGUACCACAAUCUGCAGAGACCAAAAGUUUGCAAAAGCAAAUGCAACAACACUCUCUUGUGUGAACAAGACUUUGGCACAAGCAUCCUUUUCUUAAUGAUUUAUUCUUUUUCAUGGCAUCUGUUAUCCAAGAAGCUAUUGCCUCUGUUGCUGAGAAUGGAAAUCCAGCCAGAAUAGCCCAUUCAUAGAGUUGUAAUGCUACCAAAGGCUAUACACUGCCAAGAAGAAAGUGGGAAAAUAAUUGUAUUAAGCUAUAACAAAGUAAAGAAAGGAGGUACGAUUUUCAUAAGGGUCUUUAAGUACACAAGGUAAAAAAGCCAUCAAUGUUUUGUGAAAUAAUUUCAAGAAUGUUUCUAAAAUUGACAGGCUGAGGAAGAACUAGCCACAGUAGAGUGAGGCUGGCAGUGUUCCAUCAGUACAUAUUUGGACUAUGUGGUGAUUUAGAAGAAAGGACACUUUAUUUGUUUUCUACCAGUGGACAGUUUAUACUGUGCUGUGUUUCAACUGAUAUGAUAUGGAAUCUUUUGUUUUGUUUCUAAGUGCCAAAAGGUCUAUGAAGUUAGUUUUUAAAGUGUUAAUUAGAUCUCUUUAAACUGCCUAAAUGACGGUACGUUUUGGCUAUUGUAAAUGGAACACAGUAGCUUACUUUAAAAAAAAUUAAUAUAAAGAAAGAUGCUAACCCUAUAAAAAUUGUACAUUGGCAUUGUGGGUUGCUAUGAAUUUUGUGUAUUUUACUAGAUUGUCCUAUUGUGAUGUAUUAAAUUUAAGUAAAUUGUUGGGUUAUGGACAAAUGUA